AUGACUUCCACUGCUGGUACACCUCCAUCUGAUCUAAAUGGUAUCCAGAAAGACGGCGUCUUGGGUCUUCCUACCAAUGUAAUUCUUCCUCCCCCAGAAAUCCGAGAGAUCAUUGACAAGUCCGCCGGUUACGUCGCUAGAAAUGGCCCAGCGUUUGAAGAAAAGAUUCGCCAAAAUGAGAUAAAAAAUCCAAAAUUUUCUUUUUUACAAGUGGACGAUCCUUACUACAGGUACUAUCAACACAAACUUCAAGAAGCUAGACAAGGAAAACUAAAAGCGACUACCGGGGUUGGACAAGGAGCAGCAAACUUGGCGCGCCCUAUCACAAAAAACAUCGAAAGUGCUCCUCCCGCACCUCCUCCGUAUUUGUUUUCAGAACCCUUGCCUUCCGUAUCAGCGCAGGACUUAAACGUACUCCGACUCACAGCUCGCUACGCAGCAAUCCGAGGGCGUACCUUCAUUGCUGAACUUUCACAAAAAGAAUGGGGAAAUACACAAUUUGAUUUUUUGCACCAUAAUCAUGCUCUUUAUCCUUACUUUACGCGUAUAGUACAACAAUAUGCCUCUUUAGUAAAAAAUACUCUUCCACCUUUUGAACCUUUGCUUCGUCAAAAUAUCCAGGAUCCCUAUAGCGUUCUUUCACGAAUACAGCCCAGAGUUGAGUGGCAGAAAUAUCAAGAAACCCAAAAGGUAAAGCGUAAAGAAGAACAAGAGAGGGAAAAGAUUGAAUAUGCACAGAUUGACUGGAACGAUUUCGCCGUGGUUGAGGUCAUCCAGUUCACCGAAGCAGAUGAAUCAACAAAACUUCCCAAACCGACAAAUUUGGCUGAUUUGCAAACCGCUACGUUAGAACAAAAGUCAGCAAUGUUCACUAUGCCCGAUAUGAAUUACUCCAUUGAAGAAGCUCCCCCCACUUCAGCUGCUUGGGAACCUUUGAAUGCACCCGCCAAAGCCGAAUUUGGUGUCGCAAUGCCUUCUUCACUACCUUCACAAAGAACAUCCGCAGAAACAUCCCCUUCACCUGCAACACAGCCUUCGCCUAUGGGUGCAGCUGCUCACGCACCCAUCCGUGUUUCAAAGCCCACUAAGUCUGUGCCUAAAGCAUUCCAGCGCCAUGUACCUAUGGAGCGUAGUCCAUUCACCGGUGAAAUGAUUCCAGCAAGCGAAAUGGGAGAACAUAUGCGCGUUCACUUGCUAGACCCCCGCUGGCGUGAACAACGUAAAGUUGAAGAGUCACGAAGAUCUACAUUGAACUUGGAGAAUGUCGAUGUUGCUGCAAAUAUGAAACGAUUAGUCAGUAACCGGACUGAUAUUUUCGAUGUACACAACGGCAUUGAAAUCACUCCCGAAGAGGUUGAGCGAAGGAAGCGUGCAGCCACACAAAGUUCGUUUGGUGCUGCUCCUCCUCCAAAUAAACGUCGUUGA